CUGCGGUGGAGAGUCUGUCAUAAACAUCAUUCGAGAACCAUAUUUCAGAUUAAUCAUUGGAAACGAGUAAAUCAACUAGAAUUACGGAAGGACAAGCUGUACAGUACAACAGUUAGAAGAAAUAAUAGGCAGAAAAUACCAGAUUUAGCUGAAUUAAGUGAUAAUGACACUGAUAUCGAUCUUCCAGAGUGGAGAAGUAAAGGGAUUUAA